GAUUGGUUUAACGUCCUAUGUGAGUCUAAGGCUAUGGAAGACGAAGCUGCGACAAAUGAGUUACAGGGGUGUAUGGAGAAUUUGAAGACAGAGGCAUAUGCCGAGAAGAGGACCAGGAUGGAGAACGAGAUCAAAGCUGCAGAGGCAAGGCGGAAAGGCGAUGAAGACAGCAAAGGGCGGGUUCAGCGCUUCCAGAAACUUCUCCAAGAGUCCAAGGAAGCACAGCAAAGAGAACGGUCUGACGGAUGCCGUCCUAUUCGCGGACCUCUUGUCCUCAAGGGCAGCGAGCGUAGCACUGAGGUGAACGGAGACAAAGCCAAGCCUUUAGGUUUUUCGAUGACUUCAUUGUUGUCACCUUUGCGGCUGCUCCAAGACAAGACUCAAAGCCUGGAAGUAGAUGCGAAGUACAACGACAGAUCUUGGCCAAGACGCGAACGAAUAGAACCGCUUCCCGCUGACUGUCGCUCCCAUAUCCCAAGCCAGUUCCAAAACACACAACACGUGAGCUACUUCAGGUUUCACGUACCUUGUCCUACGUGAUAUUAUUGUGAUUGCUUUGAUAAUUCGUCCCCUCGAUCAACACGAAUCCAAAACUUGAACCUCGCCAGACACCUUUCCAAUCCGCCUGGCAGCCCCGAAUGUAAUCGAGGUUCUAGAUGGAGUCUGGAUUUUCGCAAAGCAGACCUCAGCUAAACGAUCUCAAAGAAGACAGAAAGAAAAGCCUGUGUUG